UCAGCCUGGAAAAGUGCAGAAAGUCAUGUGAGCCGGGAAAUAUGGCUACACCAUAGCACCAUAGAGAGUACAAGACCUACACGAAUAAGCUCAUCUUGAAGAAACCUCUGUCAUGAUCGUCACAAAUGGAAAUGUGACUAGUCGCUGACUAGUGAUCACUGUUAUAUAGCUAGAGAAAUAACAAGUCUUCGAUAUUCGUUUAUUAUUGUUCAUCUCGAGGGUCGCUAAUGUCAAGUUACCCUGUAACGUUAGCUAUCUUUCGGUUCGUCAGAGAAUCGACGUUUACGUUAACGUACACAUCAGCUUGACAUUUAUCAGGUUAUGGAGAAUAUAUAUUUGAUUUUGUUGUACGCCCACAGACAGGCAUAGUGUUUAAUUUGGAGACACGGUUAAACGCCUCAUUUAGUCGUUUGAAGCAAGAGGACAACCGCUGCUGCCAGUGGAAGACGACUAACUGUUCUCUUUGGUAGCUCAUGAUGUGUUGUAGCUUGUGAGACCCUGUAGCCUUCAUCGGGGCUACAUUGUUACGUGUAAAUAUUAGCUGCUUUUUUUUUUUUAUCUGUGGCAAGGUUGGAAGAGAUCAACUGAAAAUAUUGUGUUUUGUGUACGCGUUAUUUUUAGUUGAUCGCUUGAUUUAUAGUAAAGAAUAUGAAUACUGAGAAGGACUUUUCGCCUUUGACCCCAAACAUUGUGCGAGCUCUGAAUGAUAAAUUGUACGAGAAGAGGAAAGUCGCCGCACUAGAAAUUGAGAAACUUGUACGUGAAUUUGUGGCCCAAAAUAACUCCACCCAAAUCAGACAUGUUAUUCAGAUCCUGGCAUCAGAGUUUGCCCUUUCCCAACAUCCCCACAGUCGCAAAGGUGGGCUUAUUGGCUUGGCAGCUUGCUCAAUUGCUCUUGGCAAGGAUUCUGGCCUGUAUCUGAAAGAGCUCAUUGAACCUGUGCUAACCUGCUUCAAUGACUCUGAUAGCCGAUUACGAUACUACGCUUGCGAGGCCCUAUAUAACAUCGUGAAGGUGGCCAGAGGCGCAGUGUUGCCUCAUUUCAAUGUCCUUUUUGAUGGGCUGAGUAAGCUUGCGGCAGAUCCUGAUCCUAAUGUGAAAAGUGGCUCUGAGCUCCUUGAUAGACUGUUAAAGGACAUUGUCACAGAAAGUAAUAAGUUUGACCUGGUGGCAUUCGUUCCAUUGCUCCGUGAGCGUAUCUAUUCAAACAACCAAUAUGCUCGGCAGUUUAUCAUUUCUUGGAUCUUGGUGUUGGAAUCAGUCCCUGACAUCAACCUUAUAGACUACCUGCCAGAAAUUCUGGAUGGGCUCUUUCAGAUUUUGGGAGACAGUAGCAAGGAGAUUAGACGGACGUGUGAAGUGGUCUUGGGGGAGUUUCUCAAGGAAAUCAAAAAGACACCAUCUAGUGUGAAGUUUGCAGAGAUGGCUAACAUUCUGGUCAUCCACUGUCAGGUGUCUGAUGAGUCCAAGCUCACAAAUGACUUAAUCCAGCUGACGGCCAUGACGUGGAUGAGGGAGUUCAUCCAGCUGGCUGGUCGUGUGAUGCUGCCCUACUCCUCAGGGAUUCUGACUGCUGUGCUGCCCGGCCUCUCCUAUGACGACCGCAAGAAAAGCACUAAAGAAGCUGCCAGUGCAUGUAAUAGUAGUCUAAUGAAGCUUGUCACCCCUGAGGAUGAUGAAGAUGAAGAGGAAACUGGAUCACAAACAACUCCUCCUCAACAAGACAGCCCGCCCAAGUCUCAAGAGGAUCUCAAUGACUCUCUCAAUGCCUCUCAGGAGUCCAUUGGUCUCAGCAAAAUCUGCUUCUUCGCCCCAGCGGUUUUAGACCGGGCGCAGGUGACUCUGGAUCUGGAUGGAAUCGUUCAGGUUUUGGAUCACCACCUGCAUGACUCGUCCACUGGUAUGAUGACUCGGAUUGCUGUGCUCAAAUGGUUGUACCACCUCUACAUAAAGACACCACGGAAGAUGUUCAGACACACAGACAGUCUAUUCCCAAUGCUGUUGAAGACCCUUUCUGAUGAAUCUGAUGAGGUGAUACUGAAGGAUCUGGAAGUGCUUGCAGAGAUUGCGUCAUCACCAGCCGGACAGACUUACAACUCUGGGAUGUGUGAUAGUUCUGACAGCAAAGCAGAACUCCAUGUUCCUGAGCACAGCAAUAUUGGCCAUCAGCUGGUUGUUGGAUCCAAGAUGGCUGAUGCCUCCCCCUCCACCCCCAGCAUGAACUCCUACUUCACUAAAUUCAUGAUUAACUUGCUCAAGCGCUUCAGUCUGGAGAGGAAGUUGCUGGAGACCAGGGGAGCCUUCAUCAUCAGACAGCUCUGUCUGCUUCUGCAUGCAGAGAACAUAUUUCACUCCAUGGCAGAUAUCUUGCUGAAGGAAGAGGACCUUAAGUUUGCCUCGACCAUGGUGCAGACACUUAACACCAUCUUGCUCACAUCAGCAGAGUUGUUCCAGUUGCGCAACCAGCUCAAGGACCUGCACACUCAGGAGAGUUGUGCUCUCUUUUGCUGUCUGUACCGAUCCUGGUGUCACAAUCCCGUGGCAACGGUGUCCCUCUGCUUCCUGACACAAAACUACCGCCAUGCCUAUGAGCUCAUCCAGAAGUUUGGGGACCUGGAGGUGACAGUAGAUUUCCUCAUGGAAGUGGACAAGCUGGUGCAGCUUAUUGAGAGUCCAAUCUUUACCUACUUACGUUUGCAGCUCCUGGAUGUGCAGAAUAACCCGUAUCUGAUCAAAGCUCUGUAUGGGCUUCUGAUGCUGCUGCCACAAAGCCAUGCCUUCCAGCUGCUGUCUCAUCGACUGCGCUGUGUUCCCAACCCAGAACUUAUGAGGACAGUGGAUGAUUCAAAGUCCUGCAACAUCAAGCGUUCCAAUCAGGCCCAUGUGGAUUACACGGAGCUGCUCCAGCACUUUGACCGCGUCCAGAGCAAACACCUGGAGGUGCGACACCAGCGCAGCGGACGAGCGGAGCACACAGAUAGGAAGCUAGCGCUUUGAGAGUCGCUGCAUUCAGUGCCCAGCUGAGCUGUGUCUCGCUCUCGUCGUUGGGAGCACAGCGCUUGAAGUAUCAAAUGAACAUGAACAGAUUUCGGACCUCUAGCGGGAACCUUUUAUCACGUGGAUGUACUGUACUGUUGUUUUUCCAAGUGCUUUAUGUUAAGGUGAUGACUUUUGUUUGUUUGUGAAAUGUAUACACCAACACAGGCGCACACACACUCUGUCCUUUCUUUCCCAGCUUUUCUUCUGCAGUCUUUAACCAGUGAUUGGAAUGUCCUCAAAUCAGUGUAUUGUAGUUAUUUCAAACCAGAGCAAGCUGGGAUACCAAGGGCCUCCCCACACGUGAGUCCUUAGCAAGAAAGUUUUCUGGGUUGUAUGCAAGCAGUGUCGGCUUGAUUGCCCUGCUAAACACCUUCAGCAGCUUCGUAGUUUUGUUGGCAUCGCUGAUAUCAUAUCUUACAUCUCACAUAAAUACCAGCACUCUUUUCUGAUUUCUGAUGCCAAGCAUCAACUUCUUUUCUGCAUCUUUGAAUACCUAACUAUCUCUUAACUUUGGAGUCUAGAGUUAAGAUGCAUCUAUAAUCAUGACUAUUACAUUCCUCUUAUUCUCUUCUUUUGUCUAUGGCAUACACUCCACUGACCUAAUAUGGUCUUCGACCUAAUUGUAAACAACAAAUGUAAGUGUCUAAAUUAUAAAAUAAAUGAGGACCACAAUAAAUAAUAGUAAUUGCCAAAUAAACUGGAAUGUAAGAUGACAUAAAUAAAUACCCAUGCCAUAA